AUGCAGUACAAGUUCGCGUGCGCUGCUGUUAAUAAGGCCGGUCCUGGAGAGCCGAGCGGAGAGUCCAAGACCAUGACGGCCAAGGCCAGAUUCGCGGCGCCCUACAUCGACCGCUCGAACCUGCGCGACAUCACCAUCCACGCCGGCACGCCGUUCAAAUUCGACGUGCGGGUCAGUGGUGAGCCGCCGCCAACCAAGACAUGGAGUCUGGACGGCACCCAGCUGACCUCCAAGGACAACCGCACCGUCGACACUGAGGACUACCGCACCAAGCUGUCCGUCUUCAUGACCAGCCGCAAGGAAACACGGGCACCUACACACUGCGCGCCGAGAACGAGUCGGGCAAGGACGAGGCCCAGGUCAAGGUCAUUGUGCUCGACAAACCUGGCAAGCCGGAAGGCCCGCUGGACAUUUCGAACGUGCACAAGGAGGGCUGCACGCUCAAGUGGAAACCGCCGCUGGACGACGCGGCGUACCCAUCGAGGAGUACCUGGUGGAGAAAUUCGACCCCGAAACUGGUCGUUGGAUGCCCGCUGGCCGCACCACGCAGCCGACCUUGGAGAUCAACAAUCUGACCCCGGGUCACGAGUACAAGUUCCGAGUCAAGGCCGUCAAUCCGGAGGGCGAGUCGGAGCCGCUGGAAGCCGACCACUCAAUCAUUGCCAAAAUCCGUUCGACGAGCCCGGCGCGCCCGGCCGACCCGAGCCGACCGACUGGGACAAGGACCACGUGGAUCUCAAGUGGGAGCCGCCGACCAACGACGGCGGCGCCCCCAUCACCGGCUACGUCGUCGAGAAGAAGGAGAGGGGCACCGGCAAGUGGGUGAAGGCGGCCGAAACAGAUGGCCCCGACUGUCAGUGCCGCGUGCCCGACCUGGACGAGGGUCAGACGUACGAGUUCCGCGUGCGCGCAGUCAACGAGGCCGGCCCCGGCGAACCGAGCGCCGCCUCCCGACCCGUCACCGCCAAACCCAGGAAACUGGCGCCGAAGAUCGACCGGCGCAACCUGCGACCUCUGACGGUGCGGGAGGGCGAGCCGAUCGUGUUCGAUGUCAAGGUCGAGGGUGAGCCGCCGCCAGAGGUCACCUGGCAGAAGGGCGGCCGGCCCAUCAAGACCACCACGCAUAACCGCGUGGAGAACGAGCCGUACAGGACCAAGUAUAUCAACGACACUCCGAAGCGUGGCGACACGGGCACGUACACCAUCAAGGCGGUCAACGAACACGGCGAGGACGAGGCCCAAGUCGAUGUCAUCGUAGUGUCUAAGCCCGGUGCACCGGAGGGUCCCCUGGAGGUCUCGGACGUGCACAAGGAGGGCUGCAAGCUCGCCUGGAAGCCGCCCGCCGACGACGGCGGCGAGCCCAUCGAGGGAUACGUCAUCGAGAAGUUUGAUCCCGAUGUCGGCAUUUGGAUCCCGGCCGGCACCUCUAACAAGCCCGAGUUCGAGGUCAAGGACUUGACCCCGGGUCACGAGUACCACUUCCGGGUGAAGGCCGUCAACAAGGAGGGCGAGUCGGAGCCGCUCCAGACCUCGAUACCCAUCGUCGCCAAGGAUCCGUUCGUUGUACCCGGCAAGCCCGGUGCGCCCGAGGCCACCGAUUGGUCGACCUCACACGUGGAGCUGACCUGGAAGGAGCCGGUCAGCGACGGCGGCUCUCCGAUCACCGGAUACAUCAUCGAAAAACGCGACUCCUACGGAAUGAUGUGGGAGAAGGCGUGCGAGCUGGAGGGACCGGAGAACACCGGCUCCGUCCACAACCUGAUCGAGGGCGUCGAGUACCAGUUCCGCGUGCUCGCGCUCAACAAGGCGGGCGCCUCGGAGCCGUCCGAGCCGAGCAGGCCGAUCGUGGCCAAGGCUCGAUUCUUGGCGCCCAAGAUUGACCGCCGUAAUCUGCGUGACGUCACCAUCUCGUCCGGCUCGCUGGUCAAGUUUGACGUGGACGUGUCGGGAGAGCCGGCGCCCACCACCAAGUGGUUCAAAAACGGCUCUGAAGUCAAACCGACCAAGCAGCUGACAAUCGAGUCGCGGGACUACAACACCAAGUUUGUGCUGCACAACGCUCGCCGAGGCGACUCGGGCGAGUACACGCUCACGGCCGAGAACAGCUCGGGCAAGGACCAGGUCACGGUCAAGGUCACCAUAACGUCCAAGCCCGCCAAGCCGGAGGGCCCGCUGGAGGUCUCGGACGUGCACAAGCACGGCUGCAAGCUCAAAUGGAACCCUCCGAAGGACGACGGCGGUACCCCGAUCGAGCACUUCGAGGUGGAGAAGUUCGACCCCGAGAUGGGCGUCUGGAUGCCGGCCGGCCGUUCCGACAAGCCUGAGAUCGAGAUCAACAACCUGACACCGGGUCACGAGUACAAGUUCCGUGUCAAGGCCGUCAACAAGGAGGGCGCUUCGGAGCCGCUCGAGGGAACCCAGACCAUCGUUGCCAAGAAUCCGUUCGAUGAGCCAGGCCCUCCGGGCAACUUGGAGGCCACCGACUGGGACAAGGACCACGUGGACCUCAAGUGGGAGCCGCCGGCCAACGACGGCGGCGCCCCCAUCACCGGCUACCUGGUGGAGAAGAAGGACAAGUCGGGCCGCUGGGUGCCGGCGCUCGAGGUGCCGGCUGACCAGCUGACCGCCACCGUGCCGGAUCUCACCGAGGGCGAGACGUAUGACUUCCGCGUGAAGGCCAUCAACGCCGCCGGUCCCGGCGAGCCGAGCAAGUCCACGGGACCGAUCAUCGCCAAGCCACGCAACCUGGCGCCCAAGAUCGACCGUACCAACCUGAGGCCGAUCAAGAUCCGCGCCGGCCAGAACUUCAGCUACGACGUCGACGUGGCCGGCGAGCCGCCGCCCAGCAAGAAGUGGACGCUGAACAAGAAGCCUGUCACGCCGUCCGACCGCGUCAAGCUGACGCCGUCCGACUACAACAUCAAGCUGACGGUGCGCAUGGCCACGCGCGCCGACACCGGCACUUACACCCUGACCGCCGAGAACGACAACGGCACGGACUCGGCUGACGUGGAGGUCAUCGUGCUCGGCAAGCCGGCGCCUCCGACCGGUCCUCUCAAGGUCUCAGACGUGCACGCCCAGGGCUGCAAGCUCAACUGGAAGCCGCCCGCCGACGACGGCGGACAGCCCGUCCAGAAAUACGUCAUCGAGAAAAUGGACGAGGCCACCGGCCGCUGGGUGAAGGCAGGAGAGACGGACGGACCGCAGACCGAGUUCGACGUGGACGGCCUGGUGCCGGGCAAGCACUACAAGUUCCGCGUGCGCGCCGUCAACAAGGAGGGCGCCUCCGAGCCACUGACCACCGAUCACGGCAUUGAGGCCAAGAAUCCCUUUGACGAGCCUGGUAAGCCUGGCACCCCGGAGAUCACCGACUUCGACAAGACUUUCGUGGAUCUGAAGUGGACGGCGCCAGAGUCGGACGGCGGAAACCCCAUCAAGGAGUACGUGAUCCAGCGCAGGGAAAAGAACAGCCCCAAGUGGGAGGACGCCGUGACCGUGCCGGGCGACAAGACCGAGGCGCACGUGCCAGACCUGACCGAGGGCGACACGUACGAGUUCCGCGUGGUGGCCGUCAACAAGGCGGGCCCGGGCGAGCCGUCCGACCCAACCGGACCGCACCGAGCCCGUCCCAAGAACCUGGCGCCGCGCAUCGACCGUAACGCCAUGGUGAACCUGAAGCUGAGGGCCGGGCAGUCGAUCGAGUACGACGUCCCAGUGGCCGGCGAGCCGCCGCCAUCCAAGACCUGGUCCUUCCAGGAGAUCGACCUGGUGCCGUCGGAGCGGAUUAAGAUCACCACCGAGGACUACCUGAUCCGGCUGCGCGUCACGAACGUCCGCCGCGCCGACCACGGCCAGUACACGCUGACAGCCACCAACCGCAACGGCACCGACUCCGUCACCGUCAACGUCAACGUCACCGACGUACCCGGCCCACCUCAGGGACCGCUCCAGUACGCCAACGUCACCAAGUCCUGCUGCACGCUCAGCUGGAAGCCACCCAAGGACAACGGCGGCUCCGAAAUCACCCACUACACCGUGGAGAAGAUGGACGCGGACACAUUCCGCUGGGUGCCCGUCGGCGACAGCCCCAAGUGCCAGCUGAAGGCGGACCACCUGAUCGAGAACCACGACUACAAAUUCCGCGUAUGCGCGGUGAACCGGUCAGGCCAGUCGCAGCCGCUGACAGGCACCGAGUCCAUCACCGCCAAGGACCCCUUCAAGAAGCCCGACAAGCCGGGACAGCCGCAGCCCACCGACUGGGACAAGGACCAUGUCGACCUGGAAUGGACGGCCCCGAAGGAGGAUGGCGGCUCGCCUGUUGCCAAGUACAUCAUCGAGAAAAAGCCGAAGUUCGGAGUGUGGGAGAAGGCGGCCGAGGUGCCGGGUGACCAGACGCGCGGCACCGCCCCCGACCUCACCGAGGGCGAGGAGUACCAGUUCCGCGUGAUCGCCGUUAACGAGGCUGGCCCCGGCGAGCCCAGCGAACCCAGCGCCAGCGUCGUCGCCAAGCCGCGCUUCGUGAAACCAUCCUUCAACAAGCACGCUCUUGAGGAUCUGGUUGUUCGGGCUGGAACCAGGGUUCAGUACAACAUCCCCAUCGAAGGGUCUCCGAAACCCAAGGUGGAAUGGAAGGUGAACGGCAAAGUGCUGAAGCCGUCGGACCGGGUGGAGCUGAUGACGUACGGCCAGCAGACCACGCUGGACAUUCCGUUCUCGCUGCGCUCCGACUCGGGCAAAUACACGCUGACGCUGAGCAACGAGCUCGGCUCCGACUCGGCCACCGCCACCGUCACCGUGCUGGACAAGCCGUCUCCGCCGCAAGCGCCGCUGAACGUGGCGGACGUCAACAAGGAGGGCUGCAAGCUGUCGUGGGGCGAGCCCAAGGAUGACGGCGGCUCUCCCAUCACUCACUACCUGGUGGAGAAGAUGGACACCACCCGCGGUACAUGGGUGGAGGUGUGUCACAGCUCUACCCUGACUGGCGAAGUGACAGGCCUCAUCCACCGCAAGGAGUACAUGUUCCGCGUCAAGGCCGUGAACAACAUCGGCGAGUCGGAGCCGCUCACCACCGACUCCAGCAUCAUCGCCAAGAACGAAUGCGAUGAGCCGGACGCGCCGGGCCGACCAAAGGUCACCGACUGGGACAGCGACUUCGUCGAGCUGGAGUGGACCAAGCCGAAGAACGACGGUGGCGCCCCCAUCACGGGCUACAUCAUCCAGAAGAAGGAGCGAGGUUCGCCCAUCUGGCAGGACGCUGCCAAGGUGCCGGCGGACAAAACCAAGGGCAAGGCCCCGGGCCUGACCGAGGGCCAGGAGUACGAGUUCAGGAUCAUCGCCGUCAACAAGGCUGGCCUGUCCGAACCCAGCGAGCCGUCCGAGAUGGUCAUGGCCCGUCCCAGGAGACUGGCGCCCAAGAUCAAGACGCCGAUGACCGAGCUGCGCAUCAAAGCCGGCCAGACGCUACACAUCGACAUCGACUUCGUGGGCGAGCCGGACCCGACCGUCGAGUGGCUGGUCAACGGCCAGCCGCUGGUGCUGUCCGACAGGACCACCAUGACGGCCACCAAUCACCACACCGUGGUGCACUCCGUGAACGCCCAGCGCGGCGAAUCGGGCGCGUACCGCCUCCGCCUGGAGAACGAGUCCGGCUCGGACGAGGGCACCAUGACCGUGACCGUGCUGGACACGCCCGGACCGCCCGAGGGCCCGCUCGAGUACGACGACGUCACGGCCAACAGCGUCACGCUCUCCUGGAAGCCGCCCAGCGACGAUGGCGGCAGUCCGAUCACUGGCUACAUCAUUGAAAAGCGGGACAAGACGCAUCGGGGCGGCUGGGUGCCGGCCGUUCAGUACGUCGACCCCAAGGACACGCACGCGCUCGUGCCCCGCCUGCUGGAGGGCACCGAGUACGAGUUCCGCGUGCGCGCCCAGAACCUGCAGGGCGUGUCGGAGCCGCUCACCACCGACAAGUCGGUCGUCGCCAGGAACUCGUUCGGCGUGCCGGGCCGGCCUGGUCGACCGGAGGCGGAGGACGCCGACCUCGACUUCAUCAAGGUCAAGUGGGAGGCGCCGCGCUCCAACGGUGGCAGCGCCAUCACCGGCUACGAUGUGGAGCGGCGCGAACACAUGACCGGCCGCUGGCAGAUCGUCAGCCGCAAACCCGUCCCGAGCACGGAGUUCUGCGACACGACGGUGGUGGCGUACCACCAGUACGAGUACCGUGUGACGGCCAUCAACGCCGCCGGCCACGGCAGCCCCUCCGACCCAUCGCUCACCAUGACGGCCAAGCCCAUGAGAGAGCCGCCGCGCCUGAACCUGGACGGCAUCCUGGGCCGCAAGAUCCGCGUGCGCGCCGGCGAGCCGAUCGACAUCCGGAUCCCGAUCAGCGGUGCGCCGGUGCCGACCGUCGAGUGGGCCCGCGCCGGCAAGAAGGUGGCGCCCGGCGGCCGGGCGGAGAUGAUCACGUCACCCGAGUACACCAGCUUCCACAUCCCCAAGUCGGUGCGCGAAGACGCCGGCCAGUACACCGUCACCGCCAGCAACGCGUACGGCACCGACUCUGGCGACGUGGAGGUCAUCGUGGUGGACAAGCCGGGCGCGCCUCGCGGCCCGCUCUCCUACGACCAGGUCACCGCCAACCAGAUCACCAUGUCCUGGAAGCCGCCCGAGGACUGCGGCGGCUGCGACAUCACGGGCUACCAGGUGGAGAUGGCGGAGAACGGCUCGGACAACUUCCGCGUGGUGCCUGGCUACAUCCCCAGCCCGCUGUUCACCGCCAAGGGACUGCAGGAGGGCCGUCAGUACAAGUUCCGCAUCCGAGCCGAGAACAUGUACGGCCUGUCAGAGCCGCUCGACGGCAUGGAGGUGACAGCCAAGAAUCCGUUCGACCCUCCGGAUGCGCCGGGCCAGCCGCUAGUGACGUCAUACACGCCGAGCAGCGUCAGCCUCAGCUGGACGCCGCCAGAGUACAACGGAGGCAACCCCGUCUCAGGGUACCUGGUGGAGCGCCGAGACCGCGGCGGCGAAUGGAUCAAGUGCAACACGUACCUGGUGCCGACCACCAGUCACACGGUCAGCCAUCUGUCGGAGGGCAGCCGGUACGAGUUCCGCGUGCUGGCCGUCAACGACGCCGGCCCGGGCCAGCCCAGCCGGCCCUCCGAGCCCGUCACCUGCGGCACCAUGCUCUACAAGCCGAACGCGCCGGAGGCCCCGCGUCCGGAGCGCAUUACCAAGGACUCCGUCACGCUCUCGUGGCGGCCGCCCAAGGACGGCGGUGCCAAGAUCCGCGGCUACCUCGUGCAGAAGCAGCCCAAGGGCAGCGACGCUUGGGAGCCGUGCAACAGGGAGCCGCACCCACUCAGCAACUUCACUGUCCCCGGCCUGACCGAGGGCGACGAGUACGCCUUCCGCGUCAUCGCCGUCAACGACGUCGGCGAGUCGGAGCCCAGCAAGGCGUCGCCGUUCAUCAAGGUGGAGGAGCAACCGAACAAGCCGCACAUCGACGUGAGUGGCCUGCGCGACAUCACCGUCAAGGCCGGGCAGGACUUCAGCAUCCACGUGCCGUACCGCGGCUUCCCCAAGCCGACGGCCGCCUGGACGCGUGACGACGUGCCCGUCGACGACAGCGACCCGCGCGUGCACACCCAGCUGGCCGACGACUCGGCCAGCUUCGUCAUGACGAACGCGCAGCGCGGCGACACCGGCCCGUACCGGCUGCACCUGAAGAACAAGUCGGGCAUGGACACAGCCAUCUGCAAUGUCAAGGUGCUGGACCGGCCGGGCCCGCCGCGGGACCUGAGGGCCGACGAGUUCGGCGGCGACAGCCUCACGCUCUUCUGGAAGCCGCCCAAGGACGACGGUGGCUCCGACGUCACCAACUACGUGGUGGAGAGGCGCGACCACGGCGCCCCUGAAUGGAUCAAGGUGUCCAGCUUCGUCGCCGGCACGGGUGUGCGCGUGCGUAACCUGACGGUGGGCCGCGAGUACGACUUCCGGGUACGCGCUGAGAACCAGCACGGCAUCUCGGAGCCCUGCGAGACAAGCGAGCCUAUUCGGGCCCGCCAUGCGUUCGGUUAG